ACUGCGCAUGCCCAUGCCGUUGGGUCCGCAGCUCAGACAGCUGUUCCAUCACCUGAGCUCAGUUUGCGUCCCUGGAGGCGCGUACGUGGCUCUGGACUCAGGUGUUCGGCGCGCGCCGCCCGCAGAGGAACCAUGUCCAAUGGGAAAGAGCCGCGCGCUGCGGACAGCUCCUCUGGGAUGAUCCUGGAAGCGUGCCUGGAUGAGUGCAUGGAGGCCUUGGACCUGUUCCUCAACAACCACUUCAGUGAGAGUCUGGAGAAGCUCAGACCGAGAGUCAACGAGAGCAUGUACCAUGCUCUUAUCUACGCCACGGUGCUGGAGAUGCAGGCCAUGAUGACUUUCCAGCAUGAUGACAUCAGCAAUGCGGGAAACACCAUGAAGCAUGCCCAGGAGGUCUGCCAGAGGUUCCGGCAUAAAUCUUCAGGCUUGUCUAACAAGUCAGUGGGUGGAUCCUUCUCUGAAGUGCAGCUCCAUGCAGAAGUGUGUUUUGCAGAGUGUCAACUCCAAAGAGCGGCCCUCACCUUCCUACAGGAUGAGAGCAUGGUGAGUUUCGUUAAAGGAGGGAUCAAAGUUCGGAACAGUUACCUGAUUUACAGAGAGCUGCACAAAUUCAUUAAGUCUCACAACUUUAUCAAAGGACCCAGCCACCGUCACUUAGAGGGAGGAAUAUCGUUUGGAGUGGGAGCCUUUAACUUGACACUGUCGCUAUUCCCUCCUCGGAUACUGAAAAUGCUGGAGUUUGCAGGUUUUUCAGGCGAUAAGGAGUACGCUCUGUCUCUUCUCGGUGACGGUGCAACAGGGAUGAACUUACGCUCCAUGCUGUGUGUUCUGCUGCUUCUCUGCUACCACACCUUCCUCACAUUUAUACUUGGAACGGGUGAGGGGGAGGUCAUCGAGGCUGAAAGACUGCUGAAACCGUUCCGGCUGCGCUACCCUCAGGGGGCCAUCUUCCUGUUCUUCGCUGGCAGAACUGAGGAGAUCAAAGGAAACAUCGAUGAGGCAGUGGCACUCUUUGAACACGGUUGCAAAGCUCAGCAAACAUGGAAGCAGUUUCACCACAUGUGCUACUGGGAGCUGAUGUGGUGCUUCACCUUUAAACGUGCGUGGAAGAUGGCGUACUUCUACGCCGACCUGCUGAGCCAGGAGAGUCGCUGGUCCAAGGCCAUGUAUGUGUUCAUGAAAGCUGCUUACCUCAGCAUGCUGCCUACGGAGGAGGCCCGGCCGUUCGGAGAGGACGAGGUGGAGCUCUUUAGACGGGUACCGGCCCUGAAGCAGAAGAUCGCGGGGAAGUCUCCUCCAACGGAGAAGUUUGCAAUCCGUAAAGCCAGGCGCUACAAGGCCUCCCACCCGGUCAGGCUGCCGGUACCGGUCCUGGAGAUGAUGUACAUGUGGAACGGCUUCAGUAUGAUCAGCAAAAGGCCGGAGCUCACGGAGGGCAUGAUGCAGACUCUAGUGGAGGCAGAGCGCGCCCUGCUGGAAGCUCCAGAAAACCACUACACCGUGGACGACCGCUGCCUGAUCCACAUGCUGAAGGGACUGUGCUUCAAGAACCAAGGUGUUCUCCAGGCUGCUGAGGAGUGUUUCAACAGAGUGUGUUCAAGUGAGAAGAAGAUCCGGUUUGACCACUACCUGGUGCCCAACUGUCUGGUGGAGCUCGGCCUGCUCUACAUGGACCAAGGCAGGAAAGACGACGCUGUUAAACAUCUCAGAAAGGCCAAGCACAGCUACAAAGACUACUCCAUGGAGUCUCGGACACAGUUCAGGGUCCACGCCGCUCUGGCCAAACUCAAGGCUGACCCUGGAGACGAGGAGGCCCAUCUGUGAUGGAGCCACUCUGGCUCCUCCCACCGGACUCUCAGUAUGAAGCAGUUUUAGUAGUUUGGAAACUGUAUUUGCAAAACAUGCAGAAGUUGUAUUGUUUUGGCUAGAAUGCUUUUGUGGACUAGAACCUGGUCCACGUCUGCUCCUUGCACAUGUCACGAGUUAUUUCAUACAUCAUGUUUUAUUGUCUUCAUGGAACCGACUGAAACCAGUUCUAACCACAGCCAGCUGCAUGGUGACACAUGUGGAUUCAGCCAGGAUAAACUUGUUUAAACCUGUUUUUGUUCUAGUCAGCAGCAACAAGCUGGCGUCCUCCAGAGGUGACUCGGAUCUCCUCUCAGCUGUUUUAAUCUCAACAUUUUGAAUGACCGUUGUUGAAUCCUGUUAAGAGUAGAGUUGUAAUUCUUCGUUUGGCUGAUUUAUUAAAAUAAUAAUCAAAUAA